UGCCAGCACGUAACUUGAUACAACCGAGUUUAGUCGAUACAAUCGAGCAUUGGCAGCACACAUUUUGGUUCAAUCGAGCUUCCUCGAUUGUUUCGAAAGAUUUGGCAGCACACAAACUUCAAAUUGACGUUUGAAACAAAAGUUUUCACUCGACAGAAAUAAGUUAUCGUCGGCAGUGAUUUUUGUGCGGAAAAAUGGAAAAACAAAAUAUUGAAAAACAAAAUAUGUCCAUAAAUAAAAAACAAUGUGAAAUUUUGACGAACUUCAUGAGUGCUCACUUUGAUUUAGCGAGGGGAAUACUUAAAACUGCCCAAGGGAGGAAAGAUAGCAAUAUGCUGUGGGGAAAAGUGACGGAAUCCCUAAACACAGAGGGUCCUCCACAAAAAGAUCUGAAAGAUUGGAAAAAAACCUGGAGUGAUCUUAAAUACAAGGUGAAGAACAAACUAAGAAGUAAUAAACUUCACUUAAAAGGCACGGGUGGAGGUCCAUACAUUCAAAAAACAAUCGACGACUUGGAGGAAAAAAUUAUAGAGUGCGCCGGUUUGGAAGCAGCAGUUGAUGGAGUCCUUACAGCAAAAUCCUUUGGAGUUGGACAAAACAACUCAGACAGAAACAUAAAAACUAAAAGCCCGGACAUUUGGGAAGAUAUAGUGUUAGACUAUGCAAACGAAAAUAAUAUUGAUGAAGAAGAAUUAUAUGUGGAAGUCUACUAA